GCUGGCUGUGAUUUCGUCUUGGCCCGCAGACCGGAGCAUGGAGUCCGCUAACGUGUCGUCGAGUCUAUUUGGCAACGUGUCCACCGCGCUGCGGCCGGAGGCGCGGCUCUCCGCCGAAACGCGUCUGCUGGGCUGGAAUGUGCCGCCGGAGGAGCUGCGUCACAUUCCCGAGCACUGGUUAACUUACCCGGAACCGCCCGAAUCGAUGAACUACCUGCUGGGCACGCUCUACAUCUUCUUCACCCUGAUGUCGAUGCUGGGCAAUGGACUGGUGAUUUGGGUUUUCUCGGCAGCCAAAUCGCUGCGAACUCCCUCCAAUAUACUGGUCAUCAAUCUGGCCUUCUGCGACUUCAUGAUGAUGGUCAAGACUCCGAUAUUCAUCUACAACAGUUUCCACCAGGGAUACGCGCUAGGUCAUCUGGGAUGCCAGAUCUUUGGGAUCAUUGGCUCCUAUACGGGAAUCGCUGCCGGUGCCACCAAUGCGUUUAUAGCCUACGAUCGAUUCAAUGUGAUCACGCGUCCCAUGGAGGGCAAGAUGACGCAUGGCAAGGCCAUUGCCAUGAUCAUAUUCAUCUACAUGUACGCCACUCCAUGGGUGGUUGCCUGCUACACGGAGACUUGGGGACGUUUUGUGCCGGAGGGAUAUCUGACGUCCUGCACCUUUGACUAUCUCACCGAUAACUUCGAUACGCGCCUCUUUGUGGGCUGCAUCUUCUUCUUCAGCUUUGUGUGCCCCACCACGAUGAUCACGUAUUACUAUUCCCAGAUUGUGGGCCAUGUCUUUAGCCACGAGAAAGCACUGCGGGAUCAGGCCAAGAAGAUGAACGUGGAAUCGCUGCGCUCUAAUGUGGACAAAAGCAAGGAGACGGCGGAAAUCCGGAUAGCCAAAGCGGCCAUCACCAUCUGCUUCCUGUUCUUUUGCUCGUGGACGCCGUACGGAGUUAUGUCGCUGAUUGGCGCCUUUGGGGAUAAGACCCUUUUGACGCCCGGAGCCACAAUGAUUCCCGCCUGUGCCUGAAAAAUGGUGGCCUGCAUCGAUCCGUUCGUGUACGCCAUAAGCCACCCCAGAUACCGCAUGGAGCUGCAGAAGCGAUGUCCCUGGCUGGCGCUCAACGAAAAGGCGCCGGAAUCGUCGGCUGUCGCCUCCACCAGCACCACCCAGGAACCACAGCAGACCACCGCCGCCUAAUGCAAAUUCCCACCCACCAG